GUCUGUUCUCUGUGGUUGAGUAGAAGUGACGCCACAGUUGUGAAGCCAGGGGUAGACUGAAGUACAUAGUUUGGUGAAGAUGGGAGUUAUACCACAAAAGUCAUCUCAGUGGUAGAGGCACACGACUUGGAUAAAUGGUUUGAUUCAUAUCACGUUACAGUCUGGGCUAUUGACAACGGUAUUCACCCAAGGACAUUCCACCAAGCCAUUUUGGACAAGCAAAUCCUGCAGAGUGAACCCGUGUUCUGUGCCAGUGUACACACUGUUCAAGUCAAGCUGGAGUGCUGAUAUGAGUAUACUAUAGUAUGUCACUCGAACAUUAUCACGGAGUUUCUCCAAGUCCAUAAUCUACAUAUAUGCCUGUUCAAGUAUUUACUAAUGGCUAUCAACGUUCCCCGAGGGCCUCCUUGGGUCUAGUGUUGUAAUUACACUACAUGAAAGGUAAACCAUUCUGUAAUAUAAUAGUAGUUGAUGUGGGCCAGCGAACACUCAUGUGCGAUGUUAGUCGGUCACGCCAUGGUGUGACAGGAUAUGUAAACAUGGCGUAACUGGACUCUUCCCUAUCAGACAAACACUACCCAACAAAGGUCACUACAAAGACAAGGCAUAUUCAUUCAUAUUGUGUCGAUACAUACCUGGUUAUGCUGUGGUAGUGUUUGUGAUAUUGAAGUCACCCUCACGAUGGAUACCAUAGCUGAUAGAACUGCUAUAUCUACCAAUGGUCGGCUUGGAGCAUACUUGGACGUACCCCAGUUGUUAGAAGUAGAUACUGAGACGAAACUUAGAAACAUAAUCAGGCAUAGAUUAGGUAAAUGUAUAAAUCUCGACCAGAGUGUCUCAGACUUGACGGGUGGCUCAACCGGUAAUGUAUCGCCGUGUGAGCUUUGUGUCCAGGAGCGUCUGUCUGAAGCGUCAACGCACGGGCGUUUUGAUGGUGAGAUGACUCUACCAGAUUCUGCAAGAAACAUGGCGUGCAGGGGACGUGGAAGAGGCAGACGACAAUCUCUGAAGGAAUCGGAAAUGUACACAUGUCCCAGGAGGUCCUCUAACAACAACUGGGACGCGUCCUUUAAAUUCACCAAAGAAGAACUCAGCGCCUUCCUCCCACGACGGAGUUUCUUCAACUGCCAUGACAAGGCCCUGAAGGAUGCAGGAUAUGACACAGGCACAUCUUCCAAGAAACAGGAACCCAAGCGCCAAACAAAGAGUGACUUAAAAGACAUUAGACGGGACAGUGUUGUCAGUGAAAGGAAAGUGUCCGUCAUUUCGAAGUGCGACGAGAGUGAAAUAUUAUUGCCUGAAAUCGUCAUAACUCAAACCGAAGACGGUCAGGAUAAACAGAUUCAUGACGGAUCAAGGCCUAAUUCUCCUGCUACGAACGACGGCAAGGGAAGACCUCUUCCAUCAAAAACCAAACUGGCUAGAAGGAAGAUGGAGGACGAUUUCAAUAAGAACGCACACAAGGCUGUAACGGAGUAUUUGAGACACGUGAAAGAAAAUCCAGCUGAAUACAUUGACCAGAUCAGGCGUCUUGAAGCUGCCUCUGUCGAAACGAAGCCAGUUGAGAGACUGAUAAAGACUGCCAUGAUCUACCAGAGAGGGCAGCAUGGCCAGUCGCGGUCCUCGCUCGUAGUGCGAGCGUCACAUGAUCUGACACUGAGAUACACUGACCCGGGACAGUGGCAGACUGCAAACAAAGAAAGGAACCAGGCAUUUACCUUCGGGAAGAAAGAAUCUUCUUUGGCGAAGCCUGGACAAGAUGGCGACAAGGAAAGUAAACCGGAAACAGACGAAGGAAAGACGGAACUGGAUAGAUGUCGCUUCAAGGCCGAGAAGUGGAUGAAGACGGUGCCGAUGUUUCAGCAGCUGCGUGCCCGCCAGAUGGCGCUGGAGGAGGUAGGGGAGGAGGAUGGGGAGGUGUCCCAGUGGUGGGAAUUUCUCAGAACCUGCAACUACCUCAGAAGGUAUGAUAUACCAGACACUGAAGGUCAGCAUAAAUGAUACGGCCAGACACUACUGAGUGUCUCUGGACUCUGGUAGCCUAGUGGUAAAGGUGUUCGGUCGUCAUGCCAAAGACCCGGGUUCGAUUCCCCACAUGGGUACAAUGUGUGAAGCCCAUUUCCAGGUCGUGAUAUUGCUGGAAUAUUGCUAAAAGUGGCGUAAAACUAAACUCAUUCACUCUGGACCUAAACUUUCUGGUCAUCGCUCAUAAAGAUGAAGACUUUUCCAUUCAUAUUACUAGUUUAUAAUGUGGAUGGAACUGGGGAGACAAAGGCUAUACUGCAACACAAACACUUGUGCACACAUAUGUGAGCAUUAGAACCAGUUGAAUCGUAAUGAGCAAGCAAUUAUACCAAUGGCCAACCCACCGAUGGGAAAUUGUGUCUCAGGCAAGAUCUGAUAUGAAUCACGUGUUAUGAUUCCUCCUUAUCCGAAGAACUGACUGACUGAGUUUGGUUUUACGCCGCUUUUAGCAAUAUUCCAGCAACAUCGUCACGGCGGGGA